AUGGCCAAAUUCGUGCUUGCGGGUAGAGCAGAUUGCCCAUAUUAUGCUAAAGCAGAACUCCUAGCAGACUACUUACAAAAGAAUCUUCCUGAUUUUCGGGUACAUAAAAUUACACAACAUCCUCAUGUUUGGGAGGAGUGGUUAAAAGACCUGUGUGAGAAAAAUACGUGGAGUCACAAAAAGUCCCCCAUCAUAUGGAGAGAGCUGUUGGAUCGUGGAGGAAAGGGCUUGCUUUUGGGAGGAUAUAACGAGUUCCUGGAAUACGCCCAGCUUUACUAUGGUGUCACCUCUAGCAUGACUACUGAGCUGAUGAAGAUAAUUGCUCAAGAGAACCUGGAAACACAUAUAGAAAAAGAACUGGAGGAAGAAAUCAGGAAAGAUCUCAUCCACCCUUUGCAGGUCUGGAUCACCAGCGCAUCUGUCCCUGCCUGCUACAACCUAAUUCCCAUCUUGACAAGUGGUGAAGUGUUUGGAAUGCACACGGAAAUUAGCCUGAAUCUAUUUGACAAUAAGCAGGCAGAAGAAAAUCUCCACGUUAUCGUGACUGAAACUCAGGACCUGGUGGCCCCCUUGCUCCGGAGCAUCUCCAUCUGCACCCGAGUGGAGGACGCCUUCCUCCAGGCCCACGUGAUCAUCAUCCUGGAUGAGAACACUGACCAGGAGGUGUACACUCUAGAAGACUGCAUCCGAAGCAGGCUUCCUUUGUGUAGGCUCUAUGGAUACCUGAUCGAGAAAAAUGCUCAUGAUUCUGUCAGAGUUAUUGUGGGAGGAAAAACGUUUGUGAAUCUUAAAACCAUUUUGCUUAUGAGAUAUGCCCCAAACGUGGCCCACAACAUCAUUGCUGUGGCUCUGGGCGUGGAAGGCCAAGCUAGAGCUGCACUGGCCAGAAAACUGAGAACAACCUCCUCAUGUAUCAAAAAUGUGAUAGUUUGGGGUAAUAUUAGUGGAAAUAACUACAUUGAUCUGAGAAAAGCCAAGGUUUACAGAUAUGAGAGUGCUAUUUGGGGACCUCCUAACUACUCACGUCCUGUUUUGAGCUUGAUUUUUGAUAGUGACUGGGUAAACAGACAAUAUGUGGAAACUCUUAAAAAGCUGACGGCCACAGGAAAACAAUUUGGAGCCAUCUUAUCUGCACACAGUAUAGCCACUACAUUGAAAUACUGGUACCAUGGCUCACCACCUGGAGAGAUCGUGUCUUUAGGAGUACUAAGUGAAGGCCAGUUUGGUAUUCCUGAAGGGAUCGUCUUUUCUAUGCCUGUAAAAUUUGAGAAUGGAACUUGGGUAGUUCUUACAGAUCUCGAAGAUAUUGAAAUCAGUGAACAAAUAAUGACCAGAAUGACAAGUGAUCUCAUUCAGGAGAAACUUGUUGCACUUGGAGAUUUGAUCAAUUUUCAGCCCUAUCAAUCAGAGACUGACAUAGCCAAAAGCUAUGAAAAGACCACCUUACCUACCACAUACAACAACCAGGAAAAUCAAAGAGUCUCAGAUGCAGUGGAUCUUUUAGAUCUGAUUCCUCAACCCAACUCUGAAAAGCCAUACAGUCAAGAAGCCAUAAAUGAUUCUGAAGACAAAAGGGUGGAAGAGCAACAGAUAAAUUAG